AUGCCACGGCAAUACAAUCGAUUGCGACAAACCAGAUUCGAUCUCUAUAUUGAGCGCGAUGCCCUCCCGUGGUAUAUCAAAGCCGUGGCCAUCUUUGCCUCAUGGCUCACUCUAGGAGGCUAUAUCCUUUUCGCCCUCGUGUUCACCUCUGCCGAAUCUAACCUCAAACCAUCUCGCUUCACCCUGACUCUUCUCGCUUCGAUCUUUCUCCUCGUUGGCUAUGGCGUGAGUGCAGCUACGGCCAUCUACAGUCGCAGUCUCCUCUUCGCAUUCGAUGCCGUCCUCCUGCCUGCCCUUACGUCCUCCGCCAUGGGCGUCUUCGUCACUGUCAUGAACUAUGCCCAGCACCACGAUUUCCCCGUUCCCUCACAUACUUAUAUUUACGUCCCGCUGGGAGUCGCCUCUACCACCACAGUCGCAUCGGCGAUCCUCUGCUACAUCACGUAUAGAAGAUUGGCAAAAGUGAAGAGCCUGGACAAUCAAAGAAGACAGCGCGGGCAGAGAUGGGAUAGAGCGUCCAGCGCGAGCUAUGGAGACGCCACUUCCACGACGGAACUAUUACCAAUGCACAACGACGGGCUACCAGAAGACGAAGCACAACGGCGACAAUUCCUCCGACUGUUGCUGGACAAAGACUCGCGUCGUUCGCCUAACUCUCAAGGUCCCUCAAACACCUAUCAAAUCACUCUACCGGGUGAAAAUGGAGAUCCCCCACGGUUACAAGUGGUUACGCCUGACGGGCGCCAGCGGAGUGGGAGUCUACCAGACAAUCCCAGCAAAUGGAACGUGCUGCACAAGUUUGCAAGGGACCCAAGUCCAACCCUCGAGGGCUCCAGAGAUCCUCGAGAACGGCGACGACAACAGAUCGAGCGGACUUCUGUUCUUCUUGCCCCGGGUUUUUGA